AUGCGCGUCGGCUUCAUCGGGUACGGAAACAUGGCCGACGCUCUCGCGUGCGGGUUCGUGUCGGCAAACAUGAUAAAAUUCACCGACUUGACGAUGUGCAACAAAUCUAACGUCGAGCGCCGUGAAGCAUUCGCCAAGCGCGGCGGUGUCGUCGCUCCCGACGCCGUGAGCGUGGCGAAGUCUUCUGAUGUCGUUUUUCUCGCCGUGAAGCCGCCGUACAUCAAAUCCGUCCUCGAAGAAGUCUACGGAGGCUGCGACGCCGACGAGCUCAAGCCCAAGGUUUUCGUGAGCGUCGCCGCGGGCGUGACGUUGGACGUCAUGGAAGGGGUUUGGACGUCCAAAAACGCCACGCCGCCGCCCAUGGUGCGCGUUAUGCCGAAUACACCGUGCUUAGUCGGCGCCGCAGCGAGUGGGCUGUGCGUCGGGAGCACGUGCUCCGACGACGACAGGAACAAGGCGUUGGCGCUCAUGUCGGCGGUGGGUGUGUGCAAGGUGAUUAUGGAAUCUCAGAUGAGCGCUUUGACGGGAGUGAGCGGGUCUGGGCCGGCAUAUAUUUUCAUUUUAAUCGAAGCGAUGGCUGAUGGGGGUGUUCGCGCCGGUUUACCUCGAGACGUCGCCUUACAGCUCGCCGCGCAGACGUUUUACGGAGCGGCCAAAAUGGUGCUCGAGACGGGAGAACAUCCCGGCGUUUUAAAGGACAAAGUCUGCUCGCCGGGUGGGACGACAAUUACAGCGGUGCAUGAGCUCGAAAAGGCAGGCGUGCGCCAAGCGAUGAUGAACGCUGUCGUCGCGGCCGCCGCUCGCGGAGACGAGUUGGCAAAAUUGAGUUAG